AUGAGAGCAUACAAUCACCCUAUACUAGUUAACCCUACACGUUGGCUAAGAGGGCCAAAGAAACACGCUGCAGCAUUGUACCAGAAUGGGUACUACCCGUCCCUAGACAACAACCCAUUUGCAUUGGCAUUGGCACGACUCGACGCAAACUCGCCUUCAUCAACUUUACCCAUAGGCAAUGGCAUACCGUUGACAGUUACCCAACAGGACAACCACCACGUCCUCACCCCAACCCUAAACGACACCAUCGAGCCCAGUCGAUUAAUCGUCAAUAGUGCCAGAUAUAUUAAAUUGAUCGUCGAUAGGCCAAAGGCAAUUCAAAAGUUGGUGCCCCUACAGUUCAUACAGCAAUGCAAGUCGUCAAAAGCAAAAGUUGGCAUGGAUAGGGAUAUGGUGGAUGUGAUCGACAAGAUGUAUAGGCAGAGGAUAGAGGAACUACUUGAGGAUGUGGGCAACGAGUCAGGAGAGUCAGGCAUCAUCCUCAAACCCAUGGACGUGCCAGUACGUAUCGAGGGAAGCACCACCUACGUCAACAACAUAUUCACUACCCACCCUAAAUUCAUCAACUACACCCAUCGCGAGCUAUCACAAUUAAUACUAGCGUAUACUGAUUUUGUAAAUCUAUAA